UCCGAGCGGACCGUGAACGCCUCCUCCUCAUCAGCUGCGUUCGCGGCUCUCGGACAGUUCGGUUCAGCCCACAUGUGUUCACUUUGUUUAUAACGUGCCGAGCCUUCAGGUGACACCGAGCCCGAGCCCGAACCGACCGGACCGGACCCGCAGCAGCUCGUCCAGGAGCCCCGAACCGGAUUAACGGAGCCAGACUGAGCGCGCUCAGACUGAUGUGACCGGCUGCUUCGACCUUCUUCCGUCUUUCUCUCUCCACCUCCGCGAAGCUCCGUCAGAGAUGGCAGCAGUUUGUGCUGCAGCAGGACGAGUCGGAGGCGCGAAGUCUCUUCAGAUACUGACGGCGUGUCUCGUCUCUCUGCUGUGGCUUCGGCCUGCAGACGCCAGCGCUUCUCCAGAUGCCAAAGCUCGGAGCCAAACCGGGCCACGACUGCAGCUCUCCCACGCAGAUUUGAAGAACGGGUCGGCGGUCUUCUGGGAGGGCGGAGUCAGUGGCGGGUAUCAGGCGUUGCUGUUGGACGAGGAUCAAGGAUGGCUGUUGGUCGGAGGGAAGGACCACAUCUACCUGCUGAGGCCCGACAGCUUGGAUCUGCCCACUCGUACGAUCUACUGGCCGGCUUCCAGAGAACACGUGGAGCACUGCCGACUGGCGGGGAAAAGUCUGGAGACAGACUGUGCUAACUUCGUGCGGCUGCUGCAGCCGUUCAAUAAGACCCACGUUUAUGCCUGUGGCACCGGAGCCUUCCAUCCACAGUGUACAUACCUGCACGUAGGACACAACACAGAGGAACCAUCGUUCACGCUGUCUCACAUGUUCGAGUCUGGCAGAGGAAAAUGUCCCUUCAGUCCCAGAGAGCCGUUCACGGCCAGACUGACCGACGGUGAACUUUAUGCCGGCACCUCCGUCGACUUCAUGGGCGCCAACGCUGCCAUCUUCCGUACGUCUGUUAAGGGCAGCAGUCAACACUACAUCCGGACCGAAGCCUACGAUCACAACUGGCUCAACGAGCCGGAGUUCAUGGGCUCCUUCUCCAUCCCCGACACUCACAGUCCAGACGACGACAAGGUCUACUUCUUCUUCAAGGAGAGGGCGGUGGAGGCCGGACAGUGGGACAAGAGGGUGUACAGCCGAGUGGCUCGAGUCUGCAAGAAUGACGUCGGCGGGAAGAGGAGUCUGAUCAACCGUUGGACCACAUUCCUCAAAGCCCGGCUGGUCUGUUCUGUGCCCGGUCCGUCCGGAGUCGACACGCAGUUCGAUGAGCUUGAGGACAUCUUUGUUCUGGAGACCAAAGACCCUCAAAACCCGACAAUCUACGGAGUCUUCAGUACAUCCAGCUCUAUAUUUCGUGGUUCAGCAGUGUGUGUGUACUCCAUGGCCUCCAUCCGUGCUGCGUUCAAUGGACCUUUUGCUCAUAAAGAAGGUCCAGACUAUCGCUGGGUGGAGUACAAAGGCCGCAUCCCAUACCCGAGACCUGGCACUUGUCCCAGCGAGACGUACGACGCUCUCCACAAGUCCACCAAGGACUUCCCGGACGAGGUGGUGAGCUUCAUGCGGCAGCACCAGCUGAUGUGGGAGCCCGUCCUGCCUCUGGGCGGCAAACCCAUCCUGACCAAAGUCAACGCCGCCUACAUUCUGAAGAAGGUCGUGGUGGACAGGGUGGACGCUGAGGACGGACAUUAUGACGUCUUACACCUGGGAACAGAUGACGGGAAGGUGGUGAAGGCCGUGUCGGUCAUCAAAGACAACUGGGACACCGAGGAAAUCCUUCUGGAGGAGCUGACUGUCUUCCAGACUCCUUCCCCCAUCCUGAGCAUGGAGCUGUCGACCAAGAGGCAACAGCUGUACGUGUCCGGCGAGCUCGGCGUGGCCCAGCUGGGCCUCCAGAGGUGUGAGUUAUACGGGACCGACUGCGCCGAGUGCUGCCUGGCCCGAGACCCGUACUGCUCCUGGGACGGACAGACCUGCUCCAGGUUCUUCCCCACCAGCAAGAGGCGGGCUCGGAGACAGGAUGUAAAGUACGGAGACCCCUGGAGUCAGUGUCCAAUCACAGAGGACGACUCGGACUCUGUGGAGGUGAAGUCUGUGUACGGCGUGGAGGGAAACUCCACCUUCCUGGAGUGCGUCCAGCCUCGGUCGCCGCAGGCCGAGCUCAGGUGGACGAUGCAGCGCUCGGAGAACCAACAGCAGCAGCAAACGGUCAGCCAGGCGCAUGAAAGCAGAGAGCUCUCUCAGGGCGAUGAACGCCUCCUCCACAUGAAGCGAGGUUUGCUGAUACAGCACUUGGAGAUGUCUGAUUCAGGCCUCUACACCUGCUCCAGCCAUGAGCACUCCUACAGCCAAGUCCUGGUCCGAUACCGCGUCCACGUCAUCCCCAACGACAGCCUCCAUCCGACCCGCUACCAGCAGAAGCACAGCCCGAACCACCCGGGCCCCGCAGUCGUCGGGAAGAUCGGCUCAGCCGGGGUUGCCGGGUUUCUCGGUCAGUCCGGACCCCCUCAUCAACAUCAUCUUCACCAACAACCGCCUCCGCUGCCGGGACACAGGAACUCGUGGCUGUCCCAGCAUCCUCAGCAGCUUCCUGUGAAGAGCUACAAAGACCUGCAGAUGGUGGACACCAACAGUCUGAGCGUGGACGAGUACUGCGAGCAGCUGUGGUACCGAGAGAAGCGCCGGCAGCAGAAACUCCGCACACUGAAGCUGAAACAGGAGAGCAGGAAAGCCCGGGUGAGGAGGAACAACCCGCCUGAGGUCCCCCUCUAGGCCCCCCGCUGGAGGACACAGAGACUGCCUGUGGACAACAGGUCCUGGAGGACGAGGAACAGUUUAAAUAACGCCAACGGGUGAAGACGCCGACUAUAUUUAGCAUUGAAGACUGAACAGAAGAGAGUAGUGUAUCCUCAUGUUGAAUAUUUUGAUAUUUAGACACAGUUAAUGUUUUAUUAGCAACAUUCAGAAUGUUUUUGGACGUAGACGCUCCGAGCUUCAGUUAAAUAAGAAACAUGAAACAUUUUACAGAAGAACCGCAGGUGCAGAUAACGUGUACACGUAAUACAGAACAUGGACUGCACAUCACGGCGGUGUCUGAACUACCACAAAACAAAAGAAUACGUAGUACUGACCGAGAAUACACAGACGAAUACCUUCUACUGGCAGGAGUAGGGCGCACUCUAGAUGUUCUACUGUGUAACUGCAAACUUAGUGUCCGAGUAACAUCCAACAUUUGAUGACUCUUACACUUGUGAUCACACCCCAAGAGAUGUGCACCCAGAACGUCUCCAGACAGGAGCUCAAGGCUCAACCCUGGAGAGCUCCUGACACCUCAGAACGAGAGUGUGUUGAGAGUUUUUCUGCCUGUCUGACACGUUUUGGCUUACAUGAAGUUCAAACUACCGUUUGUUGCCACAAUAUCCGCGUUAGUUAUCCGCGGCAAGUUAAGAUUUGUAGCUUUAGAUGUUCUACAUUUAUAAACAUGCAACCUUUUUCUAGUAUGGCCGAUCUUCUCAACAAUAUUUGUCAUUUUUCGACCUUCGGCCCCAGCGAUGGUCGAACUUUUAGAGUCACUGUGAUGUAACACAUGAAAGCAUUAAAAGCUUACAGCAGAACAAACUCUCUGAGCUGUCAGCGUGUAUAAAACAGUAUGCAGCCUGUAAUAGUAUGUAGUGUCAUUGAAGGGUUAACGACAGUGUCACGACCUCCACCAGGUGGCGCUCUUCAUCGUGAACAGACAGGUGGAAAUGUUUCAGGAUCUCACGUAUAUUAACGAUAUAAAUGAACGACACGAGACUGAAGUGUUUGCUGCCACGUCUGCCUGUGUUUCACAUGUAACGUGUAUUUAUGUCCUGACAUGCUGACGCGCACACACACACACACACACAUCAUGUGUUUUAUGUAAAGCUUAUUCAUUCUGCCAUGUAACUAAUAAUUAUUAUUCACAUCCAUGUAUAUCAAAGAACUCUAUUUUUAUAGUUUUCUUUCUCGUGUGUUUCUCCUAAAUAAAAUAAAAUCUUGUUUUUUAACUUCACGUCUCUGAUAAACUGAGUGAUGCAGUCAUACUGUACGUGAAUAAACUGAAUAAAAACACUUUGAGUCACUCA